AUGGACGAAUUAUAUUCUAUAAGGAAUUUAUUUUACACAGGCUCUUUUCAACAAGUAAUAAAUGAAGCCAAUUCUCGUGCUGUAGUUUCUGAAGCUUCGAAAUUAGAACGUAAAGUUUAUUUAUAUAGAGCAUAUAUAGCACAAGGAAAAUCUAAUAUAGUCAUUUCAGAAAUUAAAGAUUCUGAUCAAAUUGAUUUAAAAGUGGUGAAAAUUUUGGCAACUUAUUUACAAUCUAAAAAUACUCUUGGAGAUGCCAAAAAGGAAGAGGUUUUGAAAGAAAUUAAUGAGGUUAUAUUAAGUGAUGCUAGCAAUACUUUAAAUUCCACUGUACAAAUCAUUGUGGGUACUAUUUAUUAUCUUGAGGGAUUAUAUGAAGAUGCAUUAAAAGUUUUAAUUCGACAUAAUAAAAAUUUGGAAUGUGUAGCUUUGAUUAUUCAAAUUUAUUUGCAAUUAGAUCGAUUAGAUCUUGCAAAAAGAGAACUUGCAUCAACUAAAACCUGGGCUGAAGAUGCAAUGCUUGCUCAACUUAUAGAAGCUUGGGUUGGAUUAAAAACUGGUGGUGAUAAAUAUCAAGAAGCAUAUUAUAUUUAUGAAGAAAUCGCACAAUCACCAUCAUCCAACACAGUUAAAAUCCUAAAUAGUCAAGCUGUUUGUAAUAUCCAUCUUGGUAGAUACCCUGAAGCAGAGAGUUUAUUAUUAGAAGCACUGAAUAAAAAUAAUGAUGAUCCAGAUACACUUGUAAAUUUGAUUGUAGUUUCAAAUUUUACAAGGAAACAUACUGAAGCCACUGAAAUUAUAAAUCGAUAUGCCAAUCAACUUAAGGAAGUAGCUCCAAACCAUCCAUUUUUACAAGAACUUGACCUUAAAACUAGUUUAUUUGAUCGUGCAGCUCAAAGAUUUGCUUUAGCUUAA